AUGCUCUCGUUUUCUCCCUCACCUUCUUUCAUUCAUCAUAUUCUUCACCUCACGUCUCUGCUUUUCUCACAUAUACACUCACAAACAUCCACUUCUUGGGUCAGACCAUCAUCAAGUCCCGCUUCCCUCUGUGUUACCCUGAAAGACCGGAUCGGUGAGGUGAAUCAGAAUUCUCAGCAGGCGCAGGCUCGCGACUUCACGCCAGCCGAUCUGGGCUUCACGCCAAUUAGACUGUCUGAUUGUGCACCUGGAAACCCUGUUCCACAGCACCGCCAUUCAGAGCAUAUAUCCAUGUCGCUCAUAGAUGCCAUCCACCGUUUGGCUUCGGACCCUGAUCUAAGAAGCCAUGUUCCCCCUUCCUAUGAUCCUGCUCUCUACCAGUCUCCAAUCAACGAAGACGAUGACGAUGAUUUGAUCCACUUGCCGAGUGAGGAUAUCAUCGCUAUAGCGCGUCGUGUGGAAGAGGCCCUCUACCAGUCCCCGAUCAACAUUGUUGAUUAUUAA